UCUGCUCCUCUUUCAUUUUCCCUCUCUCUGUGCUCUUCCUGUUCCUGCUCUGACAGCGCCUUACUCUGUGAACAGCUUUGCAUCACUUUGUCUCCAGAAACCUACGAGUGCGGGUGUUGGAAUGAUCACAUUCUUCAGCCUAAUGGAAUUAGUUGCAAAGACACGGCUACUGAAGCCACAGCCGGAACCACACGACUGAAACGUGAUCGGACUAUAUGGCCACGAGAGAAGGAUACCGCUCCGCUUUCGUUCACCGGUCAUAAUUACGCCGAGUUUCCAAUUUCCGACACAACAUACCUGGAAACGAAUAUCACUAUCGAAUUCAGGACGUCGGAAAAACGCGAUGCGAUCCUCUUCUUUGCUGGUCAAUUCAAUGCUGAUGACUACAUUUCAGUCGCCAUCAUCGGUCCCAAUAUCAUUUUAAGGCAUGACUGCGGUGAGGGUGCAAUUGAGGACAUGUACCGAGGACCAUUCGCGCUGAAUGAAUGGCAUUCAGUUACGGUAUGGAGGAGAUUCUGUGAUCGCACAUCACUGAAAGUGGACUCAAAACCGCUGAUGAACCUGGCUUUUCAGUUCUACAAAGGAAUCUCGAUGGAUGAAGGAGUAUUCGUCGGAGGAGCUCCCUCACGAAUCGAGGCACUGGAAAGCAAAGUUGGCACUGCGAACGGAUUUCAUGGCUGCGUGAGGAAGCUCAUUAUCAAUAACGACGUCCUCCUCGAUACUGAGAAUGAAGUGAACACUGCAGUGAACCUUCAAGAUUUAGGUGUGAUUGCAUUUUCGAACAAAUCAAAUUCUGUGGCGUCACUCAGUGACUGUCUAAUACUUUUUGUUCAGAGUCACACCACGACAGCAUCUGUUGAUCUGCUGCCGUUGCCGGUGCUAAAAGUGGCCGAGUUUUCCGGAGCAUCCCAUUUCACUGUGCCAGCUCCCGCAGAUAUCGUCGAUUAUCUCGAUUUACGGAUCAAUUUCAAGCCGAAUCAACAUGCCGGUCUGCUGUUCUAUUGGCAAGACAUGGGCAGAUAUUUGGCGGUGUUUAUGGAGAGAGGCUACGUCAACGUCCAAGUAACAAUGGGUGCCGAUACGGCUAUACUGAGGUCAGAAUCACCGAUCACACUGCACCAAUGGCACCGCGCAGAAAUCUGGAGAACCGGCAAAGGGAUACUCAUGAAGGUUGAUCGUCAGUCAUGGGUGGAAUCACAGUUAAUGUCAAUUCGUGGCCCACUCACAGAACCAGGGAUGUUGUACAUUGGCGGAUACGAUGGUGACUUACCACCACACGUCGCUAUGGUUUCAGGAUUUCACGGAUGCAUGAAAAAGCGGCUGCUUACGAUGCGAUUCUCGGGGCACUCAUAUUUAGAACUCAANCAGCACAUUCGGGAAUGUGGAGCCGAUCCGUGUGCAGCCGCCGGCUGUCCCCGCUCCUGCAGCUCCACAAACGACGAAUUUGUGUGCUUGUGUGAAUGGCCGAAUCACAGCCGAUUUCUUCCGACUGCUCAUCACUCCGGUGAGAACUGGCUGUAUCAUUUCGUAGAAUUAGCAUGUCCGGGAAAAAUUAAUUGUUCCCUUCAGGAUCGGCGCGUGCAGGUGAUGAUGAAUCUUGGCUCAGGAUUGGUGACGCUCACCCAUCCUACACCACUGAUUCCUGGACGUUGGUCUCGUGUCGAGGUUGCGAGGCAUAAACGUCAACUGACGUUAUCUAUCAACGACGCCACCCCUAUCACCACAAUGGCACCCGGCGAUUCUGAAGAACUCAACGUCUACAAGGGGCUGUUUAUCGGUGGUAUGCCACCCGACUCUCAGCACUUGGACGGGUUCCGCGGCUGCAUCGAGUUCGUUCAAAUCGGAUCGGUAGUCGUCGAUCAUCCAGAAGAAGCCGCUACUGCCGUCAAUAUUGAAAAUUGUGAUCUGUAG